UAUUUCCAUGUUGUGUCACACACUGCAUUUCAACCACUGUUUGUGUCCUGCUCACUGUUCAAAAGUUUGAAGUUGGACAACGUGAAGAAGGAGCUGCAGGGCUUCGCGACCAUGGCCAGCUCCUGUAAGGGAGGACGCAUCACCAUUGAGGAGUUUGCCAGAUUCCUCAAGCUGCCUGUCAACCCAGCUCUGGAGGAACUGUUCGCACUGUUUGACAGGAAUGGAGACGGCACCAUUGACUUCAGAGAGUAUGUUAUUGGCAUAACCAUCUUGUGUCGACCAGCAAACACAGAUGAUGUCCUUAAAAUGGCUUUCAAGCUGUUUGACACGGAUGACGAUGAGAAAAUUACCCGAGAAGAGUUUACCGACCUGCUGCGCUCUGCUCUGGGUGUGUCCGAUCUGAACAUGGCCAAGCUCUUCAAGGAGAUCGAUGCUGACGGAUCUGGAUUCAUCACGUUCAGUGAAUUUCAAGCCUUCGCCUCGACCCACCCGGAGUACGCCAAACUCUUCACCACUUACCUGGAGCUCCAGAGGUACCAAGCUCUGCAGCAGGCACAGCCCGACGACCUGGACCUGGACAGCGACUCGGAUGCAGAAGAAAAACAGGAGGAAGUCAGCUCUGACAAGAAAGAUGACUGAUAAAGAGGACAAGCAUGAACUCAUCACUGAACGGGAACACUGUAUCUGUCCACUGCACAGAGAAAGAAAACGCCAGUUCCACAUUUGUCACAGCGGAGCCAUAUUGUAGGACAUGUGCUUGCCUUCUUUUAUAGACGCAGAAUUUUAGAACACUUCUGAUUUCAAUUUUUAGUGCCUUAUAGAGAUUUUAAAGAGGUUCCAUCAAGCCACUGCACACAAAAGGUUCUGUUGCAAACUUCUUUGUAUUGCAGUUGUGUGUGUGUUGUGAUCAAGUUUCCAUCAGAAAAGGAAAAAGGUUCCUCAUAGGAUAAAGAUGUAAAUGUGUACAAACUAAUCACACACAAUUACAUGUUGUAGUCAUGUGGCCAAGCUAUCUAAACCCUGUAUAUUGAUGGUUGGUUGCUUCCCUGUGACAUCAGCAAGCUCCCUCACCCUCCUUUUUCACAUUUUUCUUUGCCCCCCAUGACCUGACCUUGGACUUGAUGGACUCUGUACUUCCUCCUUUGUCUUUCCAGUCUUCUUUGAAUGAAGAUAAAGUUGCCAAAUCAACACCUUUUUUUUUAACAUGUAAGUGUGCUCGUGUCUUGCAGUAUAGUUCGUGUUCAGUGGGCUUUAUUAAGAUGCAGCCAGUGUUGCAGCCUGCAGGUGUUCUGUGUUAAUAUGUCUGCAAACAGCAUACAUGCUGUGUGUUACACUUGUUCUUUUUCUAAUGUUUGUUUCGGCACUCAGGGAUAUGGAUUGUGUAAGACUGCUGUAUAAUUAAGUGGAGAUUUGCUUUGCAUGUGUUUCUAUUGUGUUCCCAUGCGGUAUUGUUGCUGAGACAGCACUGUGCUUUAAGUUUACAGAAGAAUUUCAGCCGCUGAAAAUAGGGCAAUUUGUGAGC